AUGGAAGAAAGCUAUAAAUUUGCUGAGGGGUAAAAAGAAAGCUGGAUGAAGGCUAAAACUACUGAUUAAUUGUGUGAUUUUCUAGAAUUUGUUUCUCUUCAUAUAACAAAUAAAAGUGUAAUCAAUGAUGUUGUAUAAAUAUUUUUGUUUUUAGAGUAAGUUAACUAAAAGCUCAUAUCCGACUAAGAGUUCCUUGCUGGCUAAUAAAAUAAGAAUUAUAUUUAUAGCAUAGAGAAAGAUACCAUUCUUAACCGUAAAAUAAGAGAGCUACUAGUGCUUAUAGAACAGGAUAUUUAAAAGUUUCUUUGUGAGGAUAGAGAGAUGCUCACAUACAUAUAAAAAGAAUUAGAUUUUAUUUAAAAUUGCUGUAUAAGUUCAAUAAUACCAUUCAAAGAGCAAAUAAUAUAUAUUGUUAGCAUGGUUUAUAGCGCACUUACAACUUUUGAGAAUACUCUAAAUUGA